AUGGAUCUCAACGGCACAACUCAGAACGUGUGGAUGCAGGCCACACCUUUUGUUCCAGCCGGUUCUUUCACCCCUCAGGGUUCAUCCACGCUGCCACCAUUCGAUACGUAUACCUCGGGUAUUAAAUCUGGAAGCGCGUCCCAGGAAGACCUUGCAUUUCAGCUACGUUUCGAACAAGAACAACAUGCGCUCACGAAGCGGCUCCUGCAAUCUGAGCAGGGAAAGGUCCAACAAGUUGAGGCCAAACUGGACGAAGUAAGACGUGAGAAUAGCUCACUCGUUGCUGUCAAUCGGUUACAUGCAGAGGUGGUGCAUAAGGCCGUGCAUAGAAUUGAGCCGAAACUGGACAAGCUGGUGGAGACAGCCGAUUUGCUGACUGCUCCGUGUGAUGCCAACUGUGUCGGUGCUUGCGAUAUGAAGCAGAAGAAUGAUCCAGUAGAUCUUCUUGGUGGUAUUGCUCAAGAGGUCGAGACGUCAGAUUCGCAUAAAGCAAUGCACGAACAUUCCGCGUUGAGCUUGACUGAUCCACGGCCCUCUAUCCUGUAUGAUAUCCUUGAGUAUCAAAAUGCCAACCACAUCGAUAUAACCUCUAACAUGCACAGUGUCGAUCAGAAGCACGCAGAAAGAGUGUCUGAAAGUGAAUGCAUUCAUGACCAUGCUAAUGGAAUAGUGGACAACGACCAGCGGCUUACACACCAAUCGGUAGGACAAUGCGCCCACCAAAUCCACAAAGAGGAGGAUACCUGGUUUGGGUUGGAUCAGUUUGACAAGCCAGGCCCAGCAUUAGGUGAGUAUAGCUCUCUAGAAGAAGUCUUUCGAAAUGGAAACUUGCAUAAGCCAAUGACAGAUCCAGAGCCCAGUCGCCAUAUGUCGGAGAAGGAGAUAUCAGAAGACACGCUGAUCGACUUCUUGCCUGGCACUGGUAGGUCGCCGAAGUCAAAGGGUGUGAAUGAAGGAUUUGCCGGAACUGACCGUUUCAACCCUGGCCAAACCCAAACUCGCGGAAAAGAUAUCCAAUUUCCGCCAUCAAAGACUGGUGUGAACGAGAAGGCAGGCGUGACCUCUGUGGAGCCAGUUCUGGGUGUUGAGCAGCGUAUAAUCUCGACGCGAACUGUGCAGAACGACAACACACCCUGUAAAGAGGCUCGUACGCUAGCAUCUCUUCCCACGCUUCGCCUGCCUUCAAGCUUUCUUUCGCAAGCGGUCAACUACAAAAGCUUUUCAGACCCGUCAGACUCGACAAGCUCUACUGAUUCAGAUAAGUUACAGAGCUCCGAGCUUGAGCCAACAAAAAUGCCACAUGUCCCUGCUUACAGACGAGCUCAAGCUCAGAAGAAUGCGCAAGCACUUGGAAUGCCAGUUGUUAUGCCACCUGCGACGUCGAAAAAACGCGUCUACCUACCAGACGAUGUGGCUGCGCAUAUAGCUCACAUAGUGCCUGAGUCCAUUGCAUCCGACAAAACCGAUGAGAAUGGUAGAAGCGACACUCCAAAGUCUAAUCAUGCUGAUUCUGCUUCAACUCCACAGAUCCGUCCAUCCAGUGGCGCUGGCGACAACUACAAUGUCAUUCCAGUCUCCAUGAUGAACUAUCUCCAGCCGAUCGAUUGGAAGAUAGGCCGCGAUCAGAAACCACUGUUCCAGUCGGAGCUCGAGAAAGAAAACUUUCAACGGAGGGGAGAUCAGCAAGGCCAAAGACACUCAGAAUUCUGGGUCCAUUCCGUCAGAUACGAACCGCCAGUCGAUGAACCAAACGCACUUCGCACGGUGCAGAUCGACCACAUCCCACGAAAUGUUGAAGUCCAAGAGGUCUUGCGCGAAUUGUGCUGGGGAGUGAUCGAAUCCAUUCAGCUGGUUGACAUAGGCAACGUCAGAGGCACUGAAGGAUUAACACCGGCUCCAUUCAAGUUCGCUCGUGUGGUUUUCAUCAUGGCAGAUUGUGCCGCCCAAUUCGCAAGAUACGCCCACAACAAAUCAUUGACGAUUGGUGGACAACCAGUAAGGGUGUACGUGCAGAUGGAGCCAACAUAUCCGAGGACAGCAGAGGUCGGUGCAGCAAUCUUCGACAAAGGCAUGACUAGGAUUCUGAGCGUCUUUGGACUGACAGAAGAGGCAAGAGCUCAGCUACCGACAUUUCUCAAGCAACAUGGACUAGACUUGGUAUAUUGCGACCUGCGCUCCCACGACACUUCGGUCCAGGGUACUCAUAUGUUCACAACCAAGGUGGUGAUGGAAUUUCGAUCAAUCCUACAUGCUCUUAGAGCGUUUGAAGCAAUGGAGGAUGGAGGCUUCAAGUCUGCGGCAGCAUUCAUGAUCGAAACGGAUUAUUGCGCACGAGCUGCUUGA